AUGAAAAAACCAUCGUCAAAUCUCCACACCAUCAUCCUCCCCUCCAAGCAGGGCGAGCAAUAUGUCCACCCCACCGACAGCGACCCGACUACCCGCCAGUCCCUCAUUGAAACCCUCCACGCAAACAUGCUCAAUUGCAGUCCCCCGCACACCUGGACUGGCGAUAUCUACCAGACAUGUUCCCCGCAUCCGGUUCUCGUGACGCCCAGACACAAGCAGCAGGUGGAAGUUCUGAGUGAGGCGUUGUCAGCAGCGAUUAUCGACAUCGUCAACAGAUGGUGGAAGGAUACCGAGGCGCGCUUCCCGGAGCGUAUGCCGAUUGAGCCGUUUGAGGAGGAUUUGCUACGUUGGCUUGACUCCCAGCCAACCGAUGUGAUCAGUCCGUUCGAAACCCGUGCGGGGUCAUGGCGUCCAGAUAUGCUGCUUGAACCAGCAGUCGAGGGUGGCAUUGAGAACUACCGCAUCUGCGAGAUCAAUGCGCGCUUCUGCUGGAAUGGGUUUAUGCUUACGGCAAUUGGGCAGCAGGCAUUGCUGGAUAUGGGGGUUGGGCGGAAUGGAGUCAAAGGAGUGACGGAUCCGGAGAUUAUGAAAAAUGGACUGAAUAGUCUGUAUAACAGGGAUCUACCACUUCAUCUCUGCAAAGGCGAAGAAUACGGCUACGACAUUCACUUGUACACUUACUAUGCAGAAUCCAUCGGGAUCAAGCCGCGAUUCGUUCAUCCCGCUGAUUUACGGUUAAUCGAGUCGCCUCAAUCGCCUGGUGGAUACAGACUAUACUGUCUGGCACAGGAUAACCCACAAAACACAAUCACCAAUGCCGCCGGUGAGACUCUGGAGGAAGUCCACCAGAUCGGACUGGAACUGCACCAGCGAGAGCUGGCGGCUAUGUCGGCGGAGAUGCUCCAGCAACUCAGUCUGCGCUGCUUCAGUGACAUGCGCAGUAUCCUCCUCGUCCACGACAAGAGACUGUUAGGCAUUGUCCUCCAGGAACUUGAUAACCUUGUCGCCCGCAAUGUCCUCACCACCGAGCAAGCGGCCAUUCUCAACAGAGGCAUCGUACCCACCACCCUCCCCGGUUCACCGCAAUUGACAGACUUCAUCACUCAAUCCCGCAAAUCAGAAACCCUCAAAAAUGCGUACAUCCUCAAACCGGUCCGCAGCGGAAAAGGAGCAGGCAUCCUCUUCGGCGACCAGCUCAGUCAAGAAGAAUGGCUGGCGAAACUGGAACCGAUGCGCAAUCCCCGCCUCGUCGCGGGAAUGACUACGUAUGUCGUACAACAGCGGGUCGAACAUAAUCUGUACAAGGUAUUUCUUCACGAGAGCGACGGCGUGCAGCACUUCCCCUUCAUUGGCACAUUCAUGAUGAUGCAUGGCAAGUUUCUUGGCCUUGGGCUGUGGAGAAGUGGUCCGGGGAGAAUAUGUGCGCUGAGUCGAGGUGGUGCUUGGAUUUGUUCAGUGGAGGAGUAG